ACACUCACAAUUACAUUGACAACGGAACCGCGCGGCCCCCUCUUUCUCUCUCAACUUUUUUCUUUCCCACCACCUCUCUCUAGGGUUUUUGGGCGCGAGGGGGCAGACAAUGGCGGGAGCCGGGAUGCCUCCGUACCCACAGCCAUGGGCUCCGUCACCGGCGCCGCCGCCGCCGCCGAUGCAGCCAGAGAUCCCUCCUAUGCGGCCUCCGUCCACCCAUGAUGAGGUAUCGCCUCCCCUCUCCCUGAUUCUCCCCAGGGUUUAUUGUUGUUCUUCUCCAUCAUCCAUUUCGUUGUUUCAGGUGAGGACCAUCUUCAUAUCCGGUCUCCCUACGGACGUGAAGGAGCGAGAGAUCCAGAAUCUCCUCAGGUGGUUGCCCGGCUACGAGGCUUCUCAGAUCAACUACAAAGGGGAGCAGCCCAUGGGCUUCGCCCUCUUUUCCACCGCGCAGCUGGCCAUGGCUGCCAAAGACGCCAUUCAGGACAUGGUUUUUGACACAGAGUCGAAGUCCGUCUUGCACACUGAGAUGGCGAAGAAGAAUUUAUUUGUCAAAAGAGGUGUAGUUACUGAUUCAAGUUCAUUUGACCAAAGUAAACGCAUGAGGACAGGGGGUGAUUAUACUCAUGGUGGUUAUCCACACCCUGGUUCUUAUCCUCCUGCUGCACCUGUUUGGGGACCACAAGGAUAUAUGCCAUCUACAGCUCCUUAUGAUCCAUAUGGUGCCUAUCCCGUUGCUCCGGUGCCCAGGCCUGCUCCUGCCCCUCUCCCUGCACCAUCUGGCUACGCACCUAUUCAGAAUAUGAAAGACAAUCCUCCAUGUAAUACUCUUUUUAUUGGAAAUCUUGGAGAGAACACCAUCGAGGAGGAACUAAGGGGCUUAUUCAAUGGACAGCCUGGUUUCAAACAGAUGAAGGUUUUGCGGCAAGAGAGGAAUACAGUCUGUUUUAUUGAAUUUGAGGAUGUUGACAGCGCUUCUGCUGUACACCAAAAUCUACAAGGAGCUGUUAUUCCUAGUUCUGGACGUGGUGGAAUGCGCAUUCAAUUUUCCAAAAAUCCAUUCGGGAAAAGGAAAGACAGAGCAAAUGGGGUCGCUGAUGCGAAUGGUGGUGUGCCUACUUAUCCAGUAGCCUGAAGGGAUGUAUUCUGCCUUUUAUGCAAGAUCUAAAAGUAGAAAGGGAUGGCAUUGUGAGCAUCAUGUUAUGUUUCAUCUCACGUCAUCCAUCAUCUCAUUAUUCCUUGUGCUAUAUGCAUGGUGAUCAUGGUGCCUUGCCAUUAUUCUGAGGGUGGACAACCCAUGGAACAUUAUUCGUUUGCAGAUACAUUGGCAUCAAGCAUGUAUAGAAGACAUGGCUUUUGUCAACAUUGUGUUUAUUUGAAGUCAUAGGCAUCUCUUAAGAAUUUGAUUCAGUGUCCACAGUUGGUGUUUUACAUUGACAUUAGGGAUGACAGGCUUAGUGAACAUCAUCUUGAUUAUGGUUGUUGUCAUGGCAAUUCAUCUAUUUUACAUCUAUCCAGUUUCACUCUUCUUGUGAAGCUAUCAGUGAUCAAUGUGCACAUGCAUGUGUGCAUGCAUGCAUGCUCAUACAUGGAACAUGCUCGUGCUGUCAGCAUUCAUCCUGAUAUUCUAACCAGUGGUUUCCCUCGACAGGGCACGUGAUACUGAUUAUUUACUCUAUGUACCACUAUGACUAAGAUUCACCUGCUUUGGGUUCAACUUGCAUACCUCGGUUUGCUAUGCAGAUGCUUGAUUUGUAUGUGCAGCUUGGAUAUUAUGUUGAGAAGCUGAUUGCCGGUUUCGACUUCAACCUAGUCGUCCUCUUGUUCCAUACGAGGUUGGUAACUACUGCUGAGGUGUAAAGUAUUGCUGUUCUUUUCAUUUUGAUGGUGCAACUAAGUGACGCCAGUAUGCUUACAAUCGUACAUCCUCCCCAGUUUCGCUGAGUGUCAUUUGGCUGAAUUUCCAUUUUGCCUAUUUUAAACAAAAAAACUGCAGCCUUCUCAUGAUUCAGUUGAGAAAAUGUAAACACUAGUUAGGGUUGUAGAACAUGAGAAAGGUGUGGGACAUGGUUUUAACUUUUAAUCCUGUUGGACAUGGUUUUACUCCUGUUGCCCUAUUGUUCCAACUUUCUGAGAGCUUGGGAGGUUCGAGGAA